CUUUGCGAACGGUUUAGUGGAAUAUGGGGCCGGCGGUGGCGGACGGACUCCACCAUGGCAAACAAACGGCGGCAAGCGGUAUCGGUAACUGAAAAGCUGAUGGUAACGAGCCCGGCGAGGCGGAGCAAUAGAAGAAGACCUGCUGUUGAAAGUGCCCAACGUGGCGAGAGUCCCUGUAGCGAAAACAGAGCAGAGGAAAGGUCUUCGUAUAAGACACCAAAGAGAACUCAGGUGAGCAGAUCACGGUUUCCUACUUUCAAUUCUCCUACAAAUGAAUUGGAUAUGCAGCAAGAGAUCUUUUGGGAUCCUCAAUCACCUACAACAUAUAAACUAGGCAACACUCAAAAGAAAUUGACAGUUGGUAGACAUACAGUCGAGAUCUCAGAGAUUGUUAAUCGAAUUGCUCCUCAGGAUGAAAAACCUGCCUGUUAUGAAGGAUCUCUUCUUGGGCUGUGGAUUGGCGAAGAUGCAAUUCCUUGUACUCCUGGAGUAACAACAGCACGAUCUAGAACAAAAAUAAAUACUGCAAGAGAUCAUCAGUUAAAACAUGAAGAAGAGGAACUUAUGAAGUUAGCAAAGCAGUUUGAUAAAAAUCUGAUUGAUGCAGUCCAGGAACAAAACUUUUUGCAGCCAUGUUCUAUCCAUGUUUCAGCAGCAGCAAAACCAUCAACUGACAAUCAUAUCAAGAUCCAAAGAGAAGAUCAAUGCCAAUUACUAAAAGAACAUCUUGCAAUUAACUCUACUUUGUCCCACGGAAGACUUAAGGAUAAUGCUGGGAUAGCUAAGAGUCCUAAGAGCAGUAGUCAGAAAUCCAUAGAUCUGGAUGCUGAAGGGGCACUAAAUGAGCUUUUUGAUUGUUCUACCCAAAAGUGUAGUGGCCAGUUGAGCCAAGGUAUGUCAAACUAUUCCUUGAUCUCUGUUGUACAGGAUAAGGAUAUUUUGCUGGAGGCAGAGAAGCUUUUGCUUAGUGAUGAAGCUCAAGGGCAAAGUGCCAUGCAUCUUAAACAGCAUUCCGAAUUCCUUCUAACUCAAAAAGCUAGAACAACUCCUGUACAAACAUUUUCAGGUGCAGAGCUUUCUAAUAAUAAUCCUGAUAAUCCUUUCAGUGAUGACAACUAUGACUGGGAUGCUGAUUUGUUACCUGAUGAUUCACUUCUUAUGCAAAUUACUCAGGAGCCCGAAUUGAUGAAGAGUGCAGAAGAUGCUCGUAUUUCUGAGGAAAGGGGAGAAUCAAAAAAAUGGGCUGUAAAUUCCAAGAAGCCAUCUAUCGCCCAGGCUGGAGUUGGUAAUUCUUCCAUUACCAUACCAGUAUCGUGUGUUUCCAUUUCAAACCAAAACAUUCAGACAGAAAAAGCCAAGAUUAUUCCUUUUCAUGAAGAUAGCUCAUUAAAAACCAACAAGGUGGAUUCAUUUGCUAAAACUAGGCAACACAACACUCUGGACUAUAAUUUUACUUCAGUGAAAUCUAAAAAUAGUAAUGUGCCUCAUGGUCCUUCCCAUCUUAAAAGUGCGACAAAUAUAAGUUCUGAAAAAAGAACUUCAAUUCCAUAUUCUGAUCUUGCUAAACUAUCGACUGGGAAAUUCAAAAGCCACAAGGUCUCAGUUGUUUCUGCCAAUAAAAACCAUCCUGAUCUAAAGACAGCAGCUAACCAAGGAAGCUCUGAUUGUCCACAAGAGACAUCUGUGGCAAAGAAAGGGAUGUUUUCAUUUGAUGAUUGGAACGAGCCCAAAUUUUCAGACGAAGUUCUAGAAUUGUUUUGUGAAUCUAAUACCUCUUGGGGCACCCACUAUGACGAUGAUGACGACUUGCUUUAUCAAGUUUGUGAUGAUGUAGAAAGGAAAACCCAGAGCCAAAUGGGUAUAAAGGAAACUGGAAAAGCUAAAUCAGUGGCAAAGAAUACUUCCAAUUUGGCUCAGAGCCUUCGUCAGCCAGGGCUUGGUCAAGGACUUUCCAUUUGCCUGCAGACUGAGAAGAAUUGUGCAGGCAGGAAGACCUUUUCGUUAGAUCUGCCCAUUGCAAUAAGGAAGAAUGAAAAUUCUGUAAAAAUGUCUACAGUGUUUGAAGGCACCUUUGCAUCUGGAACUGGCAUACCUACUAUGUCCAGUGUGCAAAUAAAUAUUAAUAAUAAGCAAUGGCAGAAUAGGCAUGAUGUGGGCAAAAUAAAAACUAAAUGCAAUCAGUUGUCUUCUGAAAAAUCCAAAUAUAUGUUCAAAAAAAACAGUAGUUCUCAAGCCCUUGUUUUGGAAAAUGUGAACGUAGGCAGUCUUUCUAGAACUAACAAGGGGCUGUGGGAAAGCAAGAAUGCACCAAAUGUUCCAUUUCAGAAAGUCAUGAAUGGCAAGCCAGUUAAGAGCAUUGAUUUUACACCAUCUGAGAAAGAAUAUAAAAGUAGGUGUUCUCAAGAAGAAAUUGCACGGAAAAAGCAAGAAGCUCUUCAGCGAAGAAAGUGUAAAAUGGAAGCACUGUUCAAAAAUGCUGCACCUACUUGAGUACUUUUCAGUACAGAAGAAUUAAUGGCAGGUGGGCAGCGGAAUAACUCACUAAAAUAUAUGUCUAUAUUGAAGUGUACUGCCAAUUUCUUCUCCUACCGCUGUCUUUAUUCUUCUACAGAAUGGCAGUAUUAAUUGCUUUUGAAUUUCUUUCCUCCCCUCCUUUUUGGAAACACUAUUGCUUAUAACUCUUUAUUUUUUUUAUAAAUUAUUUAUUUGGACUUGGGAUAUUAGAUCUAUUUAACUGAUAUCAAUUCUUUUUUUUUAUUAAACCAUGCAAUUGACAUUUGUUGUUCCCCAUGAAACAUAAUGUGUCAAUUCUUACUUUGGAAUGUUUGAGAAGACCAAUAUCCCAGUUUAAUUAAUUAAGUAAUUAAUUUAAUUCUAUGCUGGUCAUUUAGUCCAUUUCCCAUGCAACAUUAGUCUUUAAAUUUUGUAACGAGCAUUUUGUUUGUUCUGAGGUCAUAAAUGAAAACAUUCCAAGCUUUAAAGUGUGUACCAAUAAUGUAAACAUUUAAUAGUGAUCCUUGAAUGUAACUCACAGCUUGGUUCCAUUUUAAUUUUAUUUUACCACUGCAUUACAAAGGACCGAUUCUGUAGUGAAAGCAUGUGAACGUUUUCUAUCAUUUAUUUAUCAUUGUAAAUCAUUGUAAAUUGUAUACAUGCUGUACAUGUUUUUGAUUAAACUGAUAGCAAUUUCUCUGAUUAUACUCUUGUCUAAUAUGUGACCAGAACCUAACCACUGUACUAUUGUUACCUCUUCACAGAAGUGAAAGUGAUCUGCUCUCUGUUGGAAGUAUGUAUCAGUGUGUUGGUGACUUCCCAGGCUGUUCUAUUCUUCCAUUCUGUAGCUCAACAUAAUAAACAGAAGUCAGGGAGAUGAUAGCUGGUCCCUAAUUAUGGGGCCUAUUCAUCUUCAGUAAGAAAAAAAAAGCAGUCUUUUUUCUGCAUCAUAAGACAAGAGUUGAGGAUUGAGUUUCACGCACUAUUGACUUAGAAGCAAUGGACGUAUUCUGAUUUACAAAAAUGGCUCUAGUUUCUCGCACUUCAGGAUGUUUAUUGUGAGGAGAUGUUACAAGGGAACUAAUUCUUCUAGAUUCUUAUGUGAUUACAGCAAGUAAUAUAUCUUGUACAAGAUACCAGCCCCAGAGACAUCAUACCAUAAAAGGAUGCCUCUAAAACAGUUUCAUACACGGCUAAAAAAUACGGUCAGAUCUGGAUUUUUCAGUGAAAGGGACAAAUGGAAUAUUGUAUCAGGUGUAUUCCAAUUCAAUACUCCAAAUCCCGCUUCAGUUUGGGAGAAUUUUUAUGCAAAUCUAUUUACUAAACCUAACCAGGGCCUCCCAUGUGAGCAAAUUACUGAUACUCUCUGUCCUCCAAUG